AUGAACAUCUUCAGAAUCCUUGGUGACCUUUCUCACCUUGCAUCCAUCUUCAUAUUACUCGCCAAAAUGAAGUCGACAAGUAGCGCAAGUGGUAUAUCCUUCAAGAGCCAGUUCCUCUACCUAAUUGUAUAUGUCACGAGAUAUCUUGACCUCCUCUGGACAGACCCGACCAAAUCCCUCUGGAACACCUUCUUCAAAAUCGCCUUCAUCGGCUCGCAAAUCUACGUUGUAUACCUCAUGCUCAACGAUUACAAGCCCACGCACGAUCCGAAUCAAGAUACUUUCAAGGUGGAAUACCUGGUGGGAGGAGCUGCGGUGCUGGGAUUACUGCUUCCCUACAAGUACACACCCACUGAGAUGCUCUGGGCGUUCUCGAUCUGGCUAGAAGCUGUUGCGAUCCUCCCACAGCUCUUCAUGCUGCAAAGGACUGGUGAAGCGGAGACGAUCACGACACAUUACCUCUUCGCGCUGGGAGCAUACAGAGCUCUAUACAUUCCCAACUGGGUAUGGAGGUUCUUCACGGAGAAUGGCUACUGGGAUCCGAUCCCGGUGUUGGGCGGCAUUGUCCAGACGAUCUUGUACUCCGACUUCUUCUGGAUCUACUACACGAAGGUGCUACAAGGCAAAAGGUUCAACCUUCCAGUAUAG